CGAGGCUCAAAAAUAUAAAAAUCAUAUCUUGUGCCCCCACAAACGUUAUUCUAGUGUAGUCUGGUUAUUAACAUUAACUUUAAAAUAUAUAUUUUUAACUUUCGACCCGGCUCAAAAGUUAGCUCAUUAUUAGGAUGCUGCAACUAUUGAAUAUAUGAAAAUAAUUAACCUAAUAUAUAGACACAUUUAAAUGAAGGAAUACACCGGUCUGCCACGUUUCAUGUUGUAAUUUUCAACACUAGCUUAUGCCCCCCUCUGCUGGCCAGUAGUGGCAUAACCGCAACUUAUAGCAGACUUAUGUCACUUAUGGAGUAAAAGCAUAUUAGUCAAUGUAAAGUUUAGACAUUAUUAAUAUUAUUGAACAUAGCGGGGAGGCCCUGACUUCCCUCUCCAUGCCAGGAACCAUUGCAGAAGCCACCUUAUAUAAGGGGGCGUGGUCUGUUGGGGGGUGGGGGCAUGUCUUUUUCCCCUCCUCCAACCUUUGCUUCCACUCUCUUACCUGUCAGGGAAUGUGCGGUCAGGCCCGGCUUUCAGAGAGUGGAAGUCCAGAAGACAACCUGGGAAGUCCCUCACAGAUAUACUGCGCUGCGGUCUGUAGGCUCAGGUGCCUAUGGGACAGUCUGCUCUGCCAUAGACCAGAACACUAAGGAGAAGGUUGCUAUCAAGAAGCUGUAUCGUCCUUUCCAGUCCCUCAUCCACACCAAACGAGCCUACAGAGAGCUCAGGCUGCUUCGUCAUAUACAACAUGAAAAUGUGAUAUGUCUCCUUGACGUCUUCACACCUGAUUCCUCUGUGGAGAAAUUCCAAACUUUUUAUAUGGUGAUGCCUUUUGUAGCGCGAGAUCUGGGUCACAUCAUGAAGAAGCGGAGGUUAACCGACCGUAUCAUCACAUACCUGUUCUACCAACUUCUUAGAGGACUUAAAUACAUCCAUUCUGCAGGAAUUAUCCAUCGGGACCUGAAACCCGGUAACCUCGCUGUAAACGAAAACUGUGAACUCAAGAUACUAGACUUUGGUCUAGCUAGGCAGACGGAGAGUGAGAUGACUGGCUAUGUGGUGACCCGCUGGUAUCGAGCGCCGGAGGUCAUAUUCAACUGGAUGCACUACAGUCAGACAGUGGAUGUCUGGUCUGCCGCCUGUAUCCUGGCCGAGAUGAUCACUGGCCAUGUUCUGUUUCCUGGUCACGACAGUAUUGAUCAACUAAAAAUGAUCCUCCAUUUGACCGGAACGCCAGACGCCUCCUUGGUGGGGAAGAUGCAGAGUAAAGACGCACAAUCAUAUGUUCAAGGUCUUCCUACGCAAAAGAAGAAGAACUUCAAGGAGGUGUUCGAUUGUAUUGAGGACAAUGCUGUGUCACUAUUGGAGGGUAUGUUGCAGCUGGAUCCUGACACCAGGCUAACAGUUAAACAAGGACUUUCGCACCCAUUCUUGGCUGAAUAUCACGACACAGAAAGCGAACCAGACUCUCAGCCUUAUGACGACUCCUUCGAGAGCCUUGAGCUCGCUAUCGGGGAGUGGAAGAGUCUAAUCCAUAUGGAGAUCAUGACAUUUGACCCUGAUGAUCCCAGUAAGACGGCCAUAUAGCCAUACAACAGUUACCUUAAAUUAAAGUAAAAAAGACAGCGGUAUCGAUCCCUACAUAUGUGUGUAACCCUCUCAAGGUUACUUCCAAGGUACUACAUUUUUUAUCAAUGUACAAGAUGUAAACACAGAUAGCAAUAUUAACAAAUUCUGUUCUCUGUUCUGAAAAAAUGUCAGAAUUUUGUUCUUAGAUAGUGCUGUAUAUUUACACUGCAUAUUAAUAUAUUGCUUUGUCAGCACCACUACUGUAUCCACCACAAAUAAGCUCAAUAUCAAUACUUGAUAUAAAUGUAUAACAUUGUAA